GCAGGCUUCUCUGUGUUCUCCACAUGACCCUGUGCAUGGUGCUGAUAAUGGUGCCGCUGUAUUCCGCUGCUGUUCUUCAGGUUAUAGAGGGGUUAUAAUGAGCAGAAUAAGGGCAGAAAGCGUUCGGUGGGCGGGUAGGUGUCUCUAUCAGCUCGCGGCUGUGGAGAAAUCACGACCCGCGGCUUUAAUCUUCACUAAUAACGUUAGAAAAUUUGCCACAGUUUCAGAGCACAACUCUGAGUCUGGCAGAAGCAGAAGACCCAAAGCCGCGGAUAUCGCGAACAGACUGCGGAGGGAGAGGGAGAAGAAGCCGGAGAGGGAGAAGAAGCCGGAGGAGGCUCCAGUGUCUCCUGUCCAGAGGAGAGUCACAGAGCUCAGGCAGCUCUCUCAGCAGCUCCAGUCUGUCCACCCUAAUGUUUUCGCAAAAGCUCUUUCUAGAAGUGUUUUAUAUCAAGACCAGCACCUGAUCGCCAUUAAUAAACCAUAUGGAGUGCCUGUAUACAAUAGUGGAGACAUCAGGAACAGCAUUGCAGAGAGUCUGCCUGUCCUGUCUAAGAUCAUCAGCGGCAUGCAGGCGGGGUCUCAGCUGCAGCUGUGUUACAGUCUGGAGAAAGACACCACCGGGGUCCUCCUGCUGGCCAGGACGGAGGAGGCGUGCCAACGAGUACAGAGUCUAAUCAAGUCUCAGCAAAUGGAGAGCAGAUACAUGGUGAUCACUGUAGGUGUGCCUGUUCCUUCAGAAGGUGUGAUUGACAUCCCUAUCAUUGAGAAGGAAGUUACUGGGGCUCAGCAUCAUUUCAAGAUGGGUCUGAGUCCACUGUACAGAGUGAGUGAGGAGGGAGAUGGACUGACCAGAGUCAGACCUCAUCGGCAGGCCCACGGUGCCGUCACGCAGUACAGAGUGCUGGACAGCAGUUCAGGCUGCAGCUUAGUAGAGCUCCAACCAAUUACAGGAGUGAAACAUCAGCUGCGGGUGCACAUGGCGCUGGCUCUAGGCUGCCCUAUUCUGGGAGAUCAUAAAUACGCCAAUUGGAACAAGCUGGCUCCACAGAAGCUGCCGGAAGGCGUGCUGCGGAGUCUCAGCCUGGAGCAGAGCAAAACCCGAUACCUCCCUCUGCACCUCCACGUCCGACAGAUUAUCCUACCUGGGUUCAAGGGUCAGGGUGACAUCAUCGCGUCCUGCCCACUUCCCAAAUACUUCAUCACCACCCUGAAAAGACUGCAGAUCCCGUUGCCCGAGAAGCCGUAAGAGAUGAGCAGCACCUCUAACGGGACCUGGCCUGGGUCAUGAUGAGAACUCCUCUGUAAACUGGGUUCAACUCUGAACUGAAAAUGAGAACUGACUGUGUAUAUCAAGUUAAAGAGUGUAUUAUAUUAAUUGAGUAUUUAAAUAUUUACAGCACUGUGCAAAAAUUAGACCACCCUUCAUUUUCUUUAAAUUUUCCAAUAAAAUAUAAAAAGUACAA